AUGGGGUACCCGAUCCGCCGGCCCACGUUCAGUGAACUGGUGGAGGGCACGGAUAAGUGCAAACUGGAUGCUAUGCACAAGGAAAGAGUCGAGGCGCUGAUAGUCUACGAUCCGAAGAAGGAACUUCUCGUCCCCAGCCGAUUCUGCAGCUUCCACCUAGCCGGAUUUGACCUUGAUGAGAAGUCAAAUGUUCCACUUGGGCCACCGUAUCAACCUGACCCGUCACGGCCACGGAAGUUGUUGUCUACAUAUGUUACAGCAAAUGAACAUUUUGAGAUGGCAGAUUCAUCCAUCAACGUCAUUUCCCUGAGGGUGGUCCGAGCUGGUCCUGAUUACACCUAUCCAAUUGAGGUUUAUGGUAAAGUUAUUGCGAGGGACGAGGUUGACCACAAAUGCGUCUUUCUGUUCGAUCGUGAAAGGAUGGAUGCCCAGCUCAUCAACUCGGAGAAGGAUAUGUUAGCUCUGACAGGUCCAUACCGAGCACUGGUUACAUUAGCUUGGAUGUAUUUUGAGUUCGAUUUAAAGAUCAAGGGCGAGGGUGAGCAUGAUACAGGAGUGCAGUUUAGCAAAGGUGUAAUAACGCACUUUUACAACCCGUAUCACAAGCGCAUCAUCUAUCAGCUACCUAGUUUCCAGAGUACAGUGAAAUUGGUAUUAGAACGUGUGUCACUUCCAGUGGCAGCUAGCAUCGAAGUCAAUGUUGUGAAGGAAGGGCAUGAUGCCACAGUUGUCCACUACGAUGGUAAAAUAACAGCUGGGACUACUAGAAACUAUAGACAGCAUAUGGUUGUAUAUGAUAGUAGUGUGCCGUCUAGCGGGGGCUUGGUGAGUGGAAAUGGCUCUCUUGUGUUAAAUUGUAAUCUGGUUGCUGUCAAGGGGUAUGUAGAAGACCCAGCAUUGGAGGAAAAUGAAAAACUGGUGCUGUAUGUUUGUUUUCUUGAUGCCGGCUGUGAGAUUGAGGAUGAGGACUAUCAGAGGUCUGAGCAAGUGGAUGAUGAUGAUGAAGAGGAAGGGGAGCAAGACGAAGAGCAGGAGCAAGAUGUAGCGCAACUGGAAGACGAAGAGGAGCAAGACGAAGAGCAAGAACAAGAUGAAGCACAAGAGGACGAUGAAGAGGAGGAUCCUAAGAAUGUCGUCACUCUUAGAUACCCUCUACAAGAGACUAUCUGGGAGAAUGGUUCCUGCAAAUUGAAAGUGAAGGUCAAUUGGACUGCUGUUCGUGAUAUGCCGGAGCGUACUGAUUUCUUCCAUAGAUAUACUCUCCUUCCAAAGGGUUAUCAAGAGCCUGAUUACCGGUGGGGGUUUUCUAGAAUUAACUGA